GCAGCUUGAUGGCGUUUGGGCUGACAAGCCUCGGUCCCAGCCGUGGCCCUAAGGCCACCUAGGUAAGGGGGCCGGUGGCCAGAACUGCGAUGACCUCAGGCAGUGGGAAGUGGAAGCACGAACUAUCCCUGCACUUCGCCAUGAGUUUCCUAAUAGACUCCAGCAUCAUGGUUACCUCCCAGAUAUUUUUCUUUGGAUUUGGGUGGCUUUUCUUCAUGCGCCAACUGUUUAAGGACUAUGAGGUCCGUCAGUAUGUUGUACAGGUGAUCUUCUCCGUGACUUUCGCGUUUUCUUGCACCAUGUUUGAGCUCAUCAUCUUUGAAAUCUUAGGAGUACUGAAUAGCAGCUCCCGUUAUUUCCACUGGAAAAUGAACCUGUGUGUAAUUCUGCUGAUCCUGGUUUUCAUGGUGCCUUUUUAUAUUGGCUAUUUUAUUGUGAGCAACAUCCGACUUUUGCAUAAACAGCGACUGCUUUUUUCCUGUCUCUUAUGGUUUACUUUUAUGUAUUUCUUCUGGAAACUAGGAGAUCCAUUUCCCAUUCUUAGCCCAAAACACGGGAUCUUGUCCAUAGAGCAGCUCAUCAGCCGCGUGGGUGUGAUUGGUGUGACCCUCAUGGCUCUUCUGUCUGGAUUCGGUGCCGUCAACUGCCCGUACACUUACAUGUCCUACUUCCUCAGGAACGUCACUGACAUAGAUAUUCUCGCCCUGGAACGGCGACUACUCCAAACCAUGGAUAUGAUCAUAAGCAAAAAGAAAAGGAUGGCAAUGACACGGAGAACUAUGUUCCAGAAGGGGGAGGUGCACAACAAGCCAUCAGGAUUCUGGGGAAUGAUAAAGAGUGUUACCACCUCGGCACCAGGAACUGAAAAUCUUACUCUUAUUCAACAGGAAGUGGAUGCUUUGGAAGAACUAAGCAGGCAGCUUUUCCUGGAAACAGCUGAUCUACAUGCUACCAAGGAGAGAAUAGAAUAUUCCAAAACUUUCAAGGGGAAAUAUUUCAAUUUUCUGGGUUACUUUUUCUCUAUUUACUGUGUUUGGAAAAUUUUCAUGGCAACCAUUAAUAUCGUUUUCGACAGAGUUGGGAAAACUGAUCCUGUCACAAGAGGCAUUGAGAUCACUGUGAAUUAUCUGGGGAUCCAAUUUGAUGUGAAGUUCUGGUCCCAACACAUUUCCUUCAUUCUGGUUGGAAUCAUCAUUGUCACGUCUAUCAGAGGAUUACUGAUCACUCUUACCAAGUUCUUUUAUGCCAUCUCUAGCAGUAAGUCCUCCAAUGUCAUUGUCCUGCUAUUAGCACAGAUAAUGGGCAUGUACUUCGUCUCCUCUGUGCUGCUGAUCCGAAUGAGCAUGCCCCCAGAAUACCGCACCAUCAUCACCGAGGUCCUUGGAGAACUGCAGUUCAGCUUCUAUCACCGCUGGUUCGAUGUGAUCUUCCUGGUCAGUGCUCUUUCCAGCAUACUGUUCCUCUACUUGGCUCACAAACAGGCACCAGAAAAGCAUAUGGCACCUUGAACUUAUGCCUAUUACAGACUGCUAAUCGGCCAGUGGGGUCAGAAUUUAGAUAUAAGGGGGAAAAUGGAGGGGACCAGAGCCUAAUAUUUUUCAAACAAGCAAAAUGUUGUGACAUAUUCUACCUCCAGUUUAUGCCUUCCUCCUCAGAUGACACAGUGAUCACGAGUAGCAUCCGCUAGAGCACGAGAGUGCGAGGUGACACUCUAAUGCUCAGGAGAGGUUCCUGUGUGGGUUGAGGCUGGUACAGCAUUGGGAAAGGGGUGGAAAGGAGCCAAGAAACUAGGGGAGAAGCACUGGAACUCUGGAGGAAGAGAAGUCUGUGGGAAGGUUUCUCUUUGAGUCAAGGUUCACACGGAGAAGGUUUCGGCUUUUCCUUGCGAUUGAUGGUCAUUAAAAUCAGAGACUGGAAC